UAAUUCUGUAUGUUCUUUGAAAAACAAAAUUCAUCAAAACAUGAUCAAAAUGUUUUUAAUUUUUACAUAAUCUAGAAUAAUUAUCUUUAGUUGCAUUUGUCCAAAUGAAACAUGGCUGAAUCAGUCAAUAUGCAGCUUUGCUAGUUAUGAUUAUUUGUUGUUUUUAUUUGAACAGUCAGGUGAUCAAAUCAGACAGCAGCUUCGGAAGUACACAAAGCAUUAUUACAUAAAAUAACUUAAAAGUUAUAUUCUUGGUAUAAAGAUUAAAACAAACCUAUUAAAAGUUUAGCCUAAGCUACUGCUAAUGUUAGCCAAAGUUUAGCCUAUGCUUCUACUAAUGUUAGCCUGAGUUUAGACUAAGCUACUACUAUUGUUAACCUGAGUUUAGCCUAAGCUACUACUAAUGUUAACCUGAGUUUAGCCUAAGCUACUAAUAAUGUUAGCCUGAGUUUAGACUAAGCUACUAUUGUUGUUCACCUGAGUUUAGCCUACUAAUGUUAGCCUGAGUUUAACCAAAGACACUGCUAAUGUUAGUCCAAGUUUAGCCUAAGCUACUACUAAUGUUAGCCUGAGUUUAGCCUAAGCUACUACUAAUGUUAGCCCGAGUUUAGCCUAAGCUACUACUAAUGUUAACCUGAUUUUAACCAAAAACACUGCUAAUGUUAGCCCGAGUUUAGCCUAAGCUACUACUAAUGUUAGCUCGAGUUUAGCCUAAACUACUGCUAAUGUUAACCUGAGUUUAGCCUAAGCUACUAAUACCAUUUGCCCAUGCUAUUGCUAAGAAUAACCUAAGCUACUGCUAACACCUUUGUUGCCAAAUACCAAAUCAGAUCUGGUUGAAAACUGGCGAGGGCCACAUGGAGGAGGUCUAGCCUCAGUCUGAAGUGGAAUUAGACCAAUUUUUAUUUUAAUUCUGUAAAAUCAGUGUUAUCAAAAACAUUACAAGCCGUUCAAUUUUUACCUGUGAGGUCUUUAACCUGGAGUUCUUUUUAAAUCAGAGCUGGUUGGAAAACUGGUGUUAACCAAGUGGAGGAGGUCUUGUAUCAGCCUGAAGACACUAUGGUCAGGCUAGUAGUCACUAGUAAGACACUAGUGUGGGGAGGGUGGCUGUUAUGGGUCUGUAUACCCCUCAGAAAGUUGCACCUCAACCCCUGACUCAAGCCUUUGUAUAAAUGAGUGUCUAAUAGUUCUGAAGAUGUGUGUGGUCACUAUAAAACCCUCCUCAGGUCAGCUACAGAGAAACGUGACCAAAGCCCUGUACCAAAGAGGUGUAAUAGAGUAUCUCUGACACUGAAUGCGACCGUUCCAGCACUGCUCCUGUUGACUGGUCUCGGUUUUCAAACAGGACUUGUGGGUGCAGCUGGACUCUGGGACUUCAUAUUUAGUCACGUUUUAGGUGAUUUCAUUUCAUGUGGAAAAGCCAAAGAAGGAGCAGGGUAAGUAGACCUAAAGGAUAACUUCCUCUUUUAAAGCUCUUUGUGUUGUUCUACUCAGAAAUACACUAACCGGCCAAAUAAAAAGGUCACACACUAAUAUUCUGUUGGACCAUGUUAGCUUUGGCGUCGACACGCAUUCGCUGUGGCGUUGUUUCGAUAAGCUUCUGCAGCAUCACCAGAUUCAUCUCCAUCCAGUGUUGCAUUAAUGUUCCACCAAGAUCUUACGCUGAUGAUGGUGAGUCUGACCGCUGCACAAAGCCUUCUCCAGCACAUCCCAAAGAUGGGGUUAAGGUCUGGACUCUGUGGUGGCCCAUCCAUGUGUGAAAAUUAUGACUCAUGCUCCCUGAACCACUCACCAUCUGACCCGAUGAAUCCUGGCAUUGCCAUCUUGGAAUAUGGCCGUGCCAUCAGGGAACAUGGAGCAACCUGGUCAUUCAGGAUAUUCAGGUAGUCAGCUGACCUCAUUCUUGGAGCACAUCCUGUAGCUGAACCUAGACCUAACCACCUGCAGCAAGCCCAGAUCAUAGCCCUGCCCCCACAGGCUUGUGCAGUAGGCACUGGGCAGGAUGGGUGCAUCACUUCAUCUGCCUCUCUUCUUACCCUGAUGCACCAUCACUCUGGACCAGAGUCCAUCUGGACUCAUCAGACCAGUUUUAAUAAAGCGUUGGACUGCUCUGAACCCAGUUUCUGAAUCUCCUUAGACGUUUUCUCUGCUUGAUGCCGAUGAUCUGACCCUUCUCACACAGACUCACAUCUUCUCCACCACCAGAUGGGCCUUGCCACCUGGUGGUGUGAGAAAAGAGAAGCAGCUGGUUGGUGGCGUAAAUAACUUGUUGCAGGCUCCAGGUGGAGACUUCUUUUGGCCGGGCAGUUUAAAUGUUUCUGCCAAACAGCUACAACUGCUGCAGAAGUCAUUUAGUGUUUCUGUGAUUGGUAAAGAUCCAACUCUGGAGCGUGUUUUGGUUGUGGGAUGAUGGAGGAUGAAGAUGCUGCAGUCAGAUGGUACAGGUUGGACCUCCAGCGAGGACCAAAGUCUUCCUCCUCUCCGUUUCUCUCACAUGAACACUUCUAAGUUGGCUUCUUGAAGACUUCUCCUCAUCCGAGGACAAACUGCGUCACGCCUGCCCGUUGCUAGGAGACCAUGUUUAGAGAACAGAUUGCUUCCUGAAGAUUAUUACAUUUCCGCUGUGGAAGCAUAUUAGUUGUGUGUUUGAGUUCUGAUGCAACAGUCCGAUUCCAGGAGCGGAGCAGCGCAGACGUCCUGAUGAACGGGAUGUUCGUUCCACCCUAACAGCGCCUCGCACGAGUCUCCGGUCCGAGUGGCAGCCAUGUUCUACAGCCACCUGCUGCUGGCGGUCUACAUCCUCACAUUCCUGAUGGGGGUCCCGGCCAACAUGCUGUCCUUCGUCACCUUCUGCAGGAAGGUGCGGCGCAAAGCGGCGCCGAUCGACGUGCUGCUGCUGAACCUCACCAUCUCUGACCUCAUCUUCCUGGCCUUCCUGCCGUUUAAGAUGAAGGAGGCCUACGACCACAUGAACUGGCUGAUGCCGUACGCGCUGUGCCCACUGACCGGGUUCCUGUUCUACGUCACCAUCUACAACAGCACCUUGCUGCUGACGGCGGUGAGCGUGGAGCGCUACCUGGGCGUGGCCUUCCCCCUCAGGUACUCGGCGUGCCGCCGGCCCUGCUACGCCGUGUGGGCCUGCAUCGCUUUCUGGGUGGUGACCUCCUCCAACCUGUGCUUCGUCUACAUCCUGCCCUACGCCCAGUGGACCGGCGGAGGAAGCUUCUACAGCAGCAACGUCAGCGGCCCCUCCCCUCCCCCACCCACCUGCUACCUGAAUUUCUCCGACGGAGAGCUCCAGAUCCUGAUGCCGAUUCGCCUGGAGCUCUUCCUGGUGCUCUUCUGCAUCCCCUUCAUCAUCAGCUGCUUCUGCUACGUCAACUUCAUCCUCAUCCUGUCCCGCCUCCCACACAUCACCCGGCGCCGGCGGCUGCGUUGCAUUGGUCUGGCGCUGGGGACGCUCAUCGUGUUCACCGUCUGCUUCGGGCCGUACAACGUCUCCCACGUGGUGGGCUUCGCCUACAUGGAGAGCCACGACUGGAGGAACCUGGCGCUGCUGUCCAGCACCCUGAACGCCUGUCUGGACCCGUUCAUCUUCUACCUGUCGUCAGCGGCGGUCCGGAGCAUGAUGAACCGCUGCUUCAGGAGGGUCACGACCAAGAUGCACAUCCUCAGGUGCAGACGGGCCUCGCAGUCACCUCAGCACAAACUCCCCACCAGAGAAAACCACGAGGCAGACGCUCCGCCCUGAAGGCCGCAGCAGGUUCACACACAUCCAGGACUUUAGGAGGAUUCGGGUCAGAUGAGGUUCUGGUGGUUCUGCUUCAGUCAAACGGCGUUCCAGGAGUCUCCUUAGGUCCACGUUGGUAUUCGGUAACCAAACAGGAACCAGUAGGUGGUUACAGAUGGGACUGUUUGGGUCAACUGGACCAUUUAGGAUCCGAGGAGCUUUUAAACCAGUGAGAACUUAUUAA